AACGUUUGAUGUGUCCUUUUCAAGCGUUUGUGUAGUGAGAUCACCCCGGAAACUUUCGCUAAUCAAAUGGUCAGUACUUCUACACAUAGAACAGCAUCAACUUAAGGAACAAUGUCUUCAAGUACAAUAACUGUCAAACCUCGCCGUAGGACGGCCCAGUCUCCUCCUCCAACAGCGCUGUCAGCCAAUCAAAACAAAGGAACUGUUCUAUUGCGCAACCCACUUCCCAAAUAUAGCUUUAACCAGAAGUCAGAUAAGGAAAAAACAAAGAAAACAGCUAUUCAAUCAGAAAACAGUAAAGAAAACACUGAAAAUAUUGCAGAAAUUUCAGAUGAUAACAAAAAAGAUAAUGAGAAACUCAAGCAGCUUAUCACAGAUGUUUCUGCCUCACAAACUAAUUUAACAGAACCAGUCUGCAAACUUGUGGCAUCUUUCCCACAAAACUUACCAGGGCCAGAGAUUUUAUCUUUGGAUAGGACUGAAACACCAGCUGUAUCUAAACCUGAAAAUACUGAAACUGGUUUGAAAGAUAAACCAGUAAAUAAAGUUGGACCAAUUGAUAAACUUACUGGAAAAACAUUGACUCAUUCAGUCAGUGAUUCAUUUAUUAGUGUUCAGAACAAUUCAGAAAAUGGUGCUCUAUCUCCACAACAGACUAUAUUGGAACAGACUAUAGGUCCCUCACAGACUGGUUGCCAAACUCAGGGGGCAAAUUUUAUUGACUGUAACUCAGGUGGGAAGCAGCAGACAUCGACUGAUACCCAGCGUCAUGAAAGCUGCACAUGUUCUGAAAAAGUGAAACAGCUUGAAGAAGAGAAACAGCUGCUAAAGAAUCAGUUAGAAGUACAGCUUCAGGUGAAUCAAGAGCUGAAGAAGUUGCUGGUAGCUUCAGUAGGUGAUGAUCUUCAGCACAGAGUAGAAAGAUUGACAAGAGACAAAGCCCAGUUGUCAAUGGAGAUAGGGGAUUACUUUAAGAAGAUGUCAGAUGACUAUGAACAUCUCGACAAAAUCUCCAUACAAGCGGACAUGUGGAGAAGUAAAUACCUAGCUUGCAGGGUAAUGGCAGAUGAGCUGGCCUCAUCAAAAGCAUUUUACUCAACGCAGUUCCAGGAAUGUCAGAUGGCAAUACAAAAACUUCUCAAUGAGCGACAUCAACUUCGGGCCAAUCUCUACGAUACCUACAGGGGCCUUACACAGAUACAAGAGGCAUUUGACCCCCUGGGUAGCUUGACAACAGGUUCCAAGCUGCUGACAUCUAAAAAUACAAUUGACCUUGUAAGGACCAAUCAGCAUCUAGUAGAGACCAUUAAAUACCGCCUCCUUCCAAGUCAUGUGACCAGUGCCAUGAAUAAUAAGCUGGAGAUAGACUGGCAUGAUUAUCUGACCCAGGCCGAAGCGCAUGCACAAGAGCUGCUGACACGAGAGAUGCGACCAGAAGAUUUCCGAUGUAUGAUUCCUGCCAAAUCUAUAAUGGCUGCACCAGGGUCAGUGUCUGUGGAUAGGUUUCAUCCUUGUACCAACUAUGAUAAUCUCACAUUAAAUGUGUGCUGUAAAUGCAAAGGGGAGAUAAGCAUUGUGUAAAUGCUUUUGUCAAAUGAAAAUAGCUUUCUUUAAAUCGAAGUGCCAGGCAGUAUACAUAGACUUACAUUUAUGAAAUCUCCUCUUUGCAUGAUAUUUUUAUACUUUUAUAGUUUUUUAUGUGCGUAAGCUAAGUCAGUUGCCAUGAUUUAUAACAGGGUUUUGAGAUAGAUAGCUAGUAGGUCAUUGCAUUUUUUUAAACUUAGAAAAUGAAAUUGAUAUGUGCCUUAAAGCGACUAACCUACACAUUGUGGUUUGUGAAAUUUUUUAAAAAUAUCAUCCAAAGAUAAAAACACUGAAACAGUUUCAUAUAUUUACAUAGAAGUUAAUAGUUGAUACUCAGUUACACAGGUAUAUUCAAGCUUUCAAACUAUUCUCCUGCACUUUUAUCAUAACAGGCCAGAGUAAUAGCAGACUCAGUUUGAUUGAUUCAGCCUAAGCGGAACUCUAGUAUCCAUAGAAAAUUUUAAUCUGAAAGGUGAAUAAUCAUAUUUAGAUUAAGUAACGAAUUUGGUCUAAAGUUUAACAAAUGAUCAUUUUCCCUUAUUUGUGUUCACUGAGUGCUAAAAGCAUGUUAGAUUUUUACUUUAGAUAUUUUUAAAAUCUGAUUUUCUAUCCUGGUUGCCAAACCAAGAUAGCAUUAUUCUAGAAUAUGUAUAAAUU